AUGUCUCUCUCUCCAGAGACUCAGCUCAAAGGCAUCGUCACCAAACUGUUCUGCCGCCAGCGUUUCUACCUCCAGGCGAAUCCUGAUGGGAGCAUCCAGGGCACCCCAGAGGACACCAGCUCUUUCACCCACUUCAACCUGAUCCCUGCGGAGCUCUGUGUAGUCACCACCCAGAGUGCCAACUUGGGAAACUACGUGGCCAUGAACGCUGAGGGGCUGCUCUACAGCUCGCCACAUUUCACAGCUGAGUGUCGCUUUAAGGAGUGCGUCUUUGAGAAUUACUAUGUCCUGUACGCCUCUGCUCUCUAUCACCAGCGUCGUUCUGGCCAGGCAUGGUACAUGGGCCUGGACAAGGAGGGCCGAGUCAUGAAGGGAAAUCGAGUCAAGAAGACCAAGGCAGCCACCCACUUUGUGCCCAAGCUCCUGGAGGUGGCUGUGUACCAGGAGCCUUCUCUCCACAGUGUCCCUGAGACCUCCCCUUCCAGUCAACCUGCCCCUUGCCAUGUAGUCCCCGGACUGGAGGCUCCCUGCUCUAGCCACCACCACAGCCUGUCUCCCAGCCCUGCUUCUGGCCCUGCUCUCACCCCUGCUGCCACACUCAUGCCCUGAGCAGCCACGUCCCACCAGGUGCCCUACCCUGAGGGAGCCUAGGGGCCGGCCAUGACUUCCGGGGCUGCUGAGACCCUUAGAUCCUUGGGCCUGGGAAAGGGGUCAGAGAGGAGGAAGUCUCAAAAUGGUCCUGGCUGAUCACUUCUUUCCUUCCACACUCACACCCUCCAAAGCCUUUUCCCGAGAUGGCGCGUGUGUUCCAAAACUGACAAAACCAGGGCAUAAAUCUUCCCCACCCCAGGCUCAGCCAGUUCCUGGAGCCCUUUGCCCUUUUCAUGACUACCAAGCCGUAGACUUAUAGGUCCACUGCAGCUCAGGAUCAGUUUCCUUCUUUCGCUACUCCACCUUUUGCCUUGUUCCAGACAGGUUCUGGAACACCAGGCACCCCAGCCAGGGCCAUUUCUGCACCCAGGGUCUGUGCUGGAACACAGGCAUGCUGCCAGGCUCUGUUCUGGAUCCAUCAGGCUUCUGUCCUUCACCCAGAUGGACCCCUGGUUUCCAUCUAGAGAGAGGCUGGAUUUGAGCCCUGUCCAGCUUUUGGUCUUGGCCUGAAUUGGGCCAGUCUCAGAUCACCACAGGUUUAACUUUCUUCCCCCAGAGACACCCGGUUCUAGAGCGUGGUGUUCUAGACACAUACGGAGCCAUACUUCCUUCUGAAUCUCAGCUCUAGGACAUAGACCCCGACUCUCAGCCCUUCCCUCUAGGAUGGAACUAGAGCCUAUAUAGGCAUGUUAUUGGUCUAGAGUAAGAGUUCUAGACCCACGCUCCCACCUUCUCUCGUGAUACCUGUUAAGCAGGAGCUCUGGAAAGGACCCAGCUAUGAUUCACAAAGAACUAAGUUCUGGAUGGAUCAUCCAGAACUUCUUGUUUUCCCUAGACACUUUUCCAAAAAUCUUAUUCUUCCUAUUGAAUGCUAACCUUAUUUUUUACAUGCAUUUUCUAGCUCCUGCAACUCAGCUGGGGUCCUGCCAGGGAACAGAGGCUGAGGAAGGGCAGAGGAGUUUUGGAAGGAAUCCCUGGCUCAUAGAAGGGCAGCUAGGAUGGGAAAGUGGCCAGAACCAUGCCAUGACUGGACCUGUGCCUGGGUUGGGGGGACAUGAACACUUAGCUACCUUAGCAGGAAUUCCUUCCAGGCCCCCUUUAAAGCUGAGGUCUUUAGGGUAGUGGGUCUAGAAUAAAAAAGACAAAUGGGAUAUAGUUUUGACGCCCCUCAAAUGAGGAGACACCAAUUCAGCAAUAAGUCCCACCCUUCUCCCCUACAGGUCAGGCCAAGGACGGUGAGGGCCUCUUGGUCUCUAGACCUCAUACACCCCUCCAGCUUCUAACUGAAUAAAACUUGCUUUACCUCAGCUGGGUGUUAGGUACCCAAAAAGGCUCUGCUCCCAGGGGACCAGUCUCCACUCCAUGCUUUUUCAAUUAAA